AUGUAAGACAAAUAAAUUAUUCAGCUUUUUGAAAAAUAUUCAAAACUUAAUGAUCCAAAAUUAGUGUUCCAAACAAGUGAAUAAAUUUUAGAAAGAAUAAAUGAAAGUGAUAUAACCUAUAUUUUAACCAAAAUCAUGAAUUGUCUUCAAUCAACAGAUUUCUAAACAACAAUUAAUUAUUCUUUACUUUUAAAACAAUUAAUAUACAAGUAUUCAUCUAAACAUUAAAACUUACAACCAAAAGCUAUUUUUGAUUAAUUGUAAUAAACAUUAAGCAAAAAGAAUGCAUAUGGCAAAAGUGAAUUAAAGCAUUUUAUACUAACUAAAUAUUUGAUUUACUCUUAUUUAGAUUCAUAAAAUCUUUUAAAUGUAAUACUUGAAGAUCGAAAAACUGAAGAUUCAGAAUAUUUAUCAUAUGUGUUAUUAAAGCAACUGUAUACAUUUUAGCAUUAUGUAGUAAACCUGAAAAUGUAAAACAAGUUAGCAAUUCAAUUAAAAAUGAUCUCUAAAAUUUAACUCCAAGGGUUUUUUGUAUAUUGGUAAAGUUACAAUAACUUAGUCAAAAAGGUUAGUUUUAAUGGGAUAAAUAUCUUUAAGAAUAACUAUUUGAUCGAUAAAAAUUUCAUAAACUCCUCGAAUAAGCUAAUGAUCAAUUUCCAAAAAAAUCACUAUUCUAUUAAUAUUUAGCUAUUUAUAUGACAAAAGUAUAAUAUUUUAUUUAUAAUCGUAGUUUAGCAAAACUUAAGAAAAUUAGAAAAUUUUUACAGAAUUUUGGGAAUAUUUGUUUUAAUAAGAAGAUUUAAGAAAGUUAAACUUUAUGAUUUUAUCAAUCUUCAAACAUUUCCUUAAAUCCACUUAAAUUCCCCUAACUUUCUUAAAAAAUCAAUAACUAAUUGAAUUGUGGUACAGAUAAUUUGGAAAUUCUAAUUCAGUUAUGAAAAGAUUAGCAAAUAAGAUUGAAUAAUAUAUCACUUAAAGAGAAGUCUCUUAUGAAGAUAUUAUUUAUUUGAGAAAUAUCUAUGGUUACAGAAUUCAUCCAAAAAAUGGGAUUGCAUAAAAAAUUUUGGCAAAAUUUACAGAAGAUGAAAUAGUCCAAUAUUUUGAGAAUAUGAAAUAACAAGAACAAUCCUCUACUGAUCCCAUCAAUAAACUUUAUUUUUUGAAUGAAAUUUAUGUACUUGCAACAGUUAGUAAUACUAACAUAAAAAUUUUGACAUAAAUGAUUCAAUAUAUUUAUGAAAUUGGUUGCAUAAAUUUUUAAUAAAUUUAUGAGCAGUUAGAUGAAGAGUCUAAAGAAGCAUAUCAAUUUGAAGAAAUUAAGAAAAAAUUUUUAGAUUAAUGUUAAAGUUUCUUUUACUCUCUAGUUGGAAAAGUAGCAUCUGUAAUUAUUAAUAUAUGAUAAUUAGAAUAUUUAAGAAUUUGAUGAAUUAACAAAAUCCCUUUUGAAACAAUAAAAGAAAUAAGAAUUAAUAAAAUAAUAUAAAUUGAUAAAUUCAAAGUAACCAAAAGAAUGUAUAAAACACUUAGUGAAUACAAUCCUUAUUUUUUCAUUUUUAAAUGAGGAUGAAGGCAUAUAAAUUUUAGAAGAAUUUCAACAUAUAGCUGGUGAUAUUUAAGAAGAAGAGCCAUAAAUAAAAAAAAAAGUUAAGACCAAUCCUGAGAAAGCAAAAGUAGUUUUAACAGAAGUAUUUAUAUAAUUGUUAACUAAAUCUCCAUGUAAGAUUCUUCUAUAUUAAAUUUUAGAAUUUUUGAGAGAAGCUGUCAAUUAAUGUUGUAAAUCUUUGGAAUUUACAUCUGAAUGUUUAGAAAUUUUAGUAGAUGUAUUAUUGAAAGAUGAUCACGAAUACAUUGCUGAGAUGCAAUAAUAAGAAUUAGAAGAAGAGGAAGGUGGAGAUGAAAGCUUAGAAGAAGAGGAAGAAAAUUAAUGA